AUGCAUCAUCUUCUAAGACUUGUUUUGGAACAGAAAGACCUUUCACGUGCUGGAGAGCUCUUUUCUCUGGACGAUUCUGAAAUAGAAGUCUGCCUAUCUGAAGCUCUUGAGCAAAUCAAACUAAUUAGUUCAUCUCCUGACUAUCAGAUGAAUGACAAUGACCAAGCAGUUGUGGAGAUUUGUAUCACUCGAAUUACUUCAGCCAUCAGGGAAACAGAAUCCAUCGAGAAGCAUGGAAAAGCUCUUAUUGAUCUCUGGGAGUCAUGUUUAGAGCACAAUCUGAAACCUUUUUGUAAAGAUGAAGACACACCACAUGCAAAAAUUGCCUCUGAUAUUAUGAGCUGCAUUCUGCAGAAUUAUAAUCGCCCUCCCAUUAUAGCAUUGGCUGUCCCAGUGGCAGUUAAAUUUCUCCAGAGAGGUAACAAAGAAUUGUGCAGGAAUUUAUCCAGUUAUCUCUCACUUGCUGCAAUUAGCAAAGCAGAGCUGCUUGCUGAACAUACAGAAAGUAUUGUAAAAAGUAUCCUGCAAGGGAAUUCCACGUUGCUCCGUGUAUUGCCUUCUUUGUAUGAAAAGCAACAAGAACCUUUAAGCAACCACCUGAGAGAAUUGGUAGGACUGAUGCCUCAUCUGGAACCAUCUGAACAGCAACAUCUUCUACAACUUUUGCUAACCGUUGCAAAGAAAAAACAGCCCAAGGUUCUCAAAGAAUGUAUUUCUUCUCUAGUUGAUCAUCUAAGAGACCCUCUUUAUAAUGACAUCAUCCUAGACAUAUUAAUAGAAAUAUCAGAUUAUGAACCAGAACUGUUGGCCAAUUUACUGCCUGUACUGAAAGAAACUGGGGAGGCUUUUCCUAAUUUGAUAGGGCAAAUGGCAAAGAUUUUUGGAGCUGUUGGACAAGUUGAUGAGGAACGGGCUCGGAUUUGUCUGAUCUAUUUGGUUAAUCAGCUGGCCAACAUGGAACAUUCUUUCCAUCAUAUCAUUUUGUUGGAGAUCAAAUACAUCACUGAUAUCUUCUCCAACAUCUUGGGUAUCCAAAGCAGAGAUAUUUAUCGUAUGAGUAACAGUUUCACUGCUGUAGCUAAACAUCUCAUCCAACAGCUGAAAAACAACACAAGUUUGGAAUGCAGGUCCCAAAGUUUAGUAGUGCAUGCUGGUCAUAUGAAGGACAUCCAUGCAGACAGCAAAGAAGAAGGGGAGAAUGGAGAUGUUACAGCCAGCAUCUCUUUCACUGAUCUGUAUUUAAGCCAAGAAACUGACAAAUUGCCUUCCAGUACAAUCUCCGAAGAGUCCCAGCUGGAACAAACUUCACUUUCACACCCAGGUAUCAAAUGUUCAGAACCAGAGAAUCUGCCAGAACCUGUUAAAGAAAACUGCCACGAAGAGAGCCCAAAGAUCAUAAAGAAUCCCAUGGAGCAUCAAGAUAAGCUUUACUUUUACUUAAAAGAAAAUCUCUCUAAAGUGAAAGCAUAUGUCAUGGAGAUGGGGAAGAAAAUUCCAUUCCCAGACGAAUGUCUUAUAGAAGAUACAGUUAAAAGUUGUGUAGCAAAGUUGUCCUUCAGCUGUCCCCUGAAAAGUCACUACUGCCUAUACAGUAAAUCCGGUUUUACUCUCAUCAGUCACCAGCCUCAACUUUGGAUCCAUAUCAUGUUUCUCUUUCAACAGGAUCUGGACCAUGUACAAUUACAUCUGGAAGAAGUGAGGUUCUUUGAUUUAUUCAGUUACAAUGAAGACGUGGGCGCUUGGCAGUGUUUCAUGUGUAACAAUCCUGACAAGGCAACAGUUGUGAAUCAAGAUGGCCAGCCACUGAUUGAAGGCAGGUUGAAAGAAAAGCAAAUCCGAUGGAAAUUCAUAAAAAGAUGGAAGACUCGCUAUUUUACACUUGCUGGCAAUCAACUUCUCUUUCACAAAGGAAAAUCUAAAGAUGAUCCAGAUGAUUGUCCCAUUGAACUGAGUAAAGUCCAGAGUGUCAAAGUGGUAGCCAAAAAGCGCCGAGAUCGCAGUCUUCCUCGGGCCUUUGAAAUCUUCACGGACAAUAAGUCGUAUGUCUUCAAGGCCAGAGAUGAAAAAAAUGCUGAGGAGUGGCUACAGUGCAUUAAUGUGGCGGUGGCACAAGCUAAAGAACAAGAAAGCAGAGAAGCAACCACAUAUUUGUAACAUCUAUAGAUUUGCUUCUGUUUUCUUUUUCAUAGAUAACCACAUAGAGUAUCUCAAUGUUUGAAUUGCAAAAUAUAUUAUACGGGCAGUGUAAU